AUGGGGGUUUUGGAGGCUUUGCUGUUCGACAACCUUGCUCUGCGGGCGCUGCCUGUGGACAUAAGGGAAGGCAAUGAAAUACGCCCAGUCCCCAGGGCCUGCUAUGCCAGGGUGAAGCCAACGCCCGUGGACAGCCCCCGCCUUGUGGCGGCAUCGCCUAGCGCACUGGCUCUCCUGGACCUCGACAUGACAGAGACAGAGCGCCAGGAAUUUGUGGAGGUCAUGGCAGGCAACAAAUUGCUGCCCGGCAUGGACCCUGCCGCCCACUGCUAUUGUGGGCACCAGUUUGGCAACUUUGCCGGCCAGUUGGGGGACGGCGCUGUCAUCUACCUAGGAGAGGUGAUAAACAGCGCAGGUGCGCGGUGGGAGAUGCAGCUGAAGGGGGCCGGGUUGACCCCUUUUUCACGCCAGGCUGACGGCAGGAAGGUGCUCCGCAGCAGCAUCCGGGAGUUUCUGGCCAGCGAAGCCCUGCACCAUCUGGGGGUUGCGACCACCAGAGCAGGGUGCAUAAUGACGUCGGACACACAGGUGGUGAGGGACGUGCUGUACACUGGCAACCCAGUCUCUGAGCGCGCAAGCCUAGUGCUGCGCAUGGCGCCCACCUUCUUCCGCUUCGGCUCCUUUGAGGUCUUCAAGAAGACCGACACCCAGACAGGUGGACAUCUGCCCUCCUGCUUCAUAGCAAGGAGCAUGCUACCAGUGAUGCUGGAUCACAUCAUCAAAACCUUCUUUCCUGAGAUCUGGGAGGAGAUACCUAGAGGGAAAACAGAAGAGAGGAGAGGGAACAUGUAUAUGGAUUUCUACACUGAGGUAGUCCGGCGGACAUUCCAGCUUGCGGCUGCCUGGCAGUGUGUCGGCUUCUGCCAUGGUGUCCUCAACACCGACAACAUGAGCAUCCUUGGACUGACGAUCGACUAUGGCCCCUAUGGGUUCCUGGACCGGUAUGACCCGGAGCACGUGUGCAACCACUCGGACGACAGCGGCCGCUACAGCUACGAAGCGCAGCCGGGCAUCUGCGCAUGGAACUGCGAGAAGCUGGCCGAGGCGCUGGCGCCUGUUCUGGACUCCAGCCGCGCGCGUGCACAGCUCGAGACACUCUUUGCCCAGGAGUACACCAAGUGCGUGAAACAAUCUGCUCUGCAGCAGAAUAAGGAAAGAACCUUGCAUGCAUGCGUACUGCUCAGCUGUCAGAGCCCCUGUGCAGAUGCUAGAGGGACUCGUGCUAGGGCGCAGGUUAUGCACAAGACAGGAGCGGACUUCACCAACACGUUCCGGUGGCUGUCCACUGUGGAGAUGCCACCUCCCAGUAGAGCACACAGCGAUAACCAGGCCUCAAUUUCUGGCACUUCCCAGGCGGGGAUCUCAAAUGGCGCCCUGGCGUUGCCGCAGGAGCUGGCGGAAGCUGCCCGGCCGCGCAUGCACCCGCAGAACCUGCGCGUGCUGCUGCAGUUCUCACACAACGAGCUUCUCCUCGCCUCCAUGGGCGUCACCAAGGAGGUGCUGCAUCAGGAGAUGGCGCGGCUGGAGCGCUGCGAGGAGCUGGGGAAGCUGGACGCAGCUGCCAAGGCUCGCGCGGACGCGGAUGCCUGGCGCGGCUGGCUGCGGCGGUACACAGCGCGGCUGCAGCAGGAGGCCGACGCGGGCGCCAAUCCCCAACGCCGCAUCGCCACCAUGAACGGCAUCAACCCCAGGUAUGUGCUGCGCAACUGGAUAGCACAGCGCGCGAUAGAUGCGGCGGAGAAGGGCGACUACAGCGAGGUACGGCGAGUGCUGCGGCUGCUGGAGAACCCGUACUCUGACGAUGCCGCGGCAGACCUGGAUGCGAGCAGUGGGAGGAGUGGCAGCGAGGCUGCGUGCGGCCGCGAGCUUCAAUAUGAUGGACCGGUGCCGCAAUGGGCCAAAGGCCUCUGUGUCUCUUGCUCAUCCUGA